GGCCGCGUACCCCUGGCGAAGUUCUACGGCACCGGGCUGGACGCGGACUGGCGCUUCGCGGAGUCGGAGGCGUACCUGCGCGACCUCGGGGCGCUGGACGAGACCUCGUCGUGGCGCGGCAAACAGGUCAUCAUUGCCAACUACAUCCAGGCCGCCUCCAACUGCAUCGUCUCCACCUCGCACUACCUCGUGUGCUGCGCGAACGACUGCGAGUCUCUGCUGGGAGAGGUCGAGGCUGGCAUCGGGCAGCCGGUGGGCACGCCGGACGAGAUCUUGCUGCUGAUCGGGAAUAUGACGUCGCAGGUGACCCUGGACGACGACGACGCGCCCCACCUGACCGCUUCCCUCAGGGCGCAGCUGGAGGAGAUCGCCUCCGCGCACGGCGGCCAGGUGCCGAUCCACGGGCGCCUGUUCGCGCAGUGGCUGCACUACGCGUUCCCCAGGACGUGCCCGUUCCCCCACAAGGCGGGCUCCGUGUCGGCGCAGACCCCCACGGAGUUUGGCGACGGGCACGCUGUGUCGAGCAGGGACAUGCAAGAGCACGGGUUCACCCCCCAGGCGCCAGUGGACAAGGAGGACCUCGAAUGGAUGUCCCAGUGGAGCUCCGAGGAGGAGCUGAUCGCAGACUACAAGGCGCACCUGAGCGCCCCCUGGCAGCGCCGCAUGCCCGCGGCCGCUGUGCUCGCCGCGGCCCUCGCGGCCCUCGCGGCCCUGGGCGGCGGCGCCGCCAGCCUCGGGAAGGCACCGGGGGCGCACGCCGUGCUGCCGACCUACAAGAAAGGCUCAUCUCAUCUGAGGCGGAGCCGGGGCGCGCGGCGCUCCCGCCCCACCCGAGCGACGCAGAAGAAACGGGGUCGUUUGCGCGGGCACUGGCAGCGCAAGCUGCCCGCUUUGGGUCGCGCGUGAGCGCCCUCGUCUCUGGUGCGGCGUCGUACGGCCCGUUUCUUUUCGUCGCUCGCGCGGUGCUCAGGGGAGGGCUCACUUCUGUCGGAGGCGGAGCUGGGGCGCACGGGCUCCCGCCACAUCCGAUGCGCGGCGAGGUAUGCCGCACAGACUUCGGCGCAGCGGCGCGCCAGGUGUGCCCCUCUUGGGCCAUUUGCGGAGAGGAGGCCGAGCACCGAAAAAGGGUGGCUCCUCCUCCGCCUCCUCCUCGCCCCUGCUCCUCGCCACCCCUCCUCGCCUCUCCUCCUCUGUACGCUGUGAGGCC